UCAAUAUGUCCGCCGCUGUCUCCCACUCCUCCGCCAUCGCCACACCCAACAGGAAGCAGUCACCGGCGACAGCUUCCUGCUCGCUCGCAGUUCCGCAGUUCAGUGCUUUCCAGCGAUAAUGGCGGAGGCGGCGGCUCCUGAAAGUACAGCGACCGAAGUACCGGGGCUUGAGACCCAGCGACGGGAGAUCGAAGGGCUUGUGCGGGAUCAGGAGCUCCGAGCCGGGCACAGCUGGUACCUCUUGGAGAAGCGCUGGUUCACACAAUGGAAGGAAUACGUGGCCGCUGGAGACCAGAAUUCCUCCUCUUUCCCCGGGCAGAUUGACAACACAGAACUUUUCCAGGAUCUGGAGUCGCACCGGCUGAAGGACCAGCUGGUAGAAGACGAGGACUUUAUCCUGGUGCCCGCGGAGGCCUGGCACAAACUACAGGCCUGGUACGGCACUGUGUCCGAACAGCCAGCCUUGGAGCGCAAGGUCGUUGAGUUGCCCAACACUCUGAAGGUUGAGAUCUAUCCUGUGGAGAUUUUCCUGUGUUUGCACAGCAACAUGGAGAACACAGUUACUGCCCAGAUCAGCCGCGUCGACACUAUAGAUGCGAUUCAGAAGGAGAUGAGACGUCUCUUCGAGGUCCCCCCCAGCGCAGAGACGCGUCUGUGGAUGAAGAGCUCGGAUACGAGCUGCGAGAGGCUGAGGAACACCCACCUGAGCGCCCUGGAGGCCUGCCUGGGACCAGGCAUGACGUUGAUCAUAGAAACCAGGAACACGGACGGCACGUGGCCGAGCUCCCGACCACAGAUCACCAGGAACUCUCUGGAUGAGCAGGACUUGUACCAAGGGCAGCCUGGGGUGUGUGGGCUCACCAACCUGGGAAACACCUGCUUUAUGAACUCAGCACUGCAGUGUCUCAGUAACACGCCCCCCCUGACGGAGUACUUCCUGUGCAGCUUGUACCUGGAGGAGCUGAACUUCACAAACCCGCUGGGAAUGAAGGGAGAGAUCGCCGAGGCGUACGCUGACCUCAUCAAGCAGAUGUGGUCUGGGAGGCACUGCUCUGUGGCUCCCCGCAUCUUCAAGACGAAGGUGGGUCACUUUGCCUCCCAGUUCCUGGGCUACCAGCAGCACGACUCCCAGGAGCUGCUGUCCUUCCUAUUGGACGGGCUCCACGAGGACCUGAACCGGGUCAAAAACAAGGAAUAUAUUGAACUGAGAGAUGCAGAGGAGCGUCCUGACCAGGAAGUGGCGGAGGAGGCGUGGCGGAACCACCAGCGUCGAAACGACUCCGUCAUCGUGGACACACUCCACGGCCUCUUCAAAUCCACGCUGGUGUGUCCGCAGUGCGGCAUGGUGUCCGUGACCUUCGACCCCUUCUGCUACCUGAGCGUGCCGCUGCCCGUCAGCAAGGAGCGGGUCAUGGAGGUCUUCUUCGUGUCUCUCGAUCCCGCGGCCAAACCGGUGCAGCACAGACUGCUCGUCCCCAAGGCUGGCAAGGUGUCAGAUCUCUGCACAGCUCUGUCUCGACAGACCAGCGUUCCUGCCAAUCAGAUGGUGGUCGCCGAUGUGUUCAAUCACAGAUUCUAUAAGAUCUACCAGAACGACGAGGCGCUCGUCUGUAUUCUGGACCGGGACGAUAUUUUUGUGUAUGAAUUGAGCAGUGGUUCUCUGGAUGAGGAUGGGGAGGAGGUGGUGCUGGCUCUCUACCUGCGGGAGAGAUCUCACUAUCGCGAUUACAGCACGGGCAGCGGCAGCUACAGCACCUCCCUGUUCGGUCACCCCCUCCUGAUCUCCGUGGCGCGCGGGCAGUGCGGCAGAGAGCAGCUGUACCAGGCUUUCCUGCAGCGCCUAGCCCGCUACGUCCGACCCCCUGACCCGUCUGAGGAAGAGGAGGAGGUGGACGAGGAGGACAGGCAGGAGGAAGAUCUGUACAAUAUGCAAACCAAUGGCUUCAGCGAAGACGAUGAGGAAACGGAGGAGGCGGAGCAACCCGGCCCCUCCAAUCGCGAGCGAGGGGAGGGCUCGGAGUCGGAGGAGAACCAAUCGGAUAAACCAGCCGAACCGGGGGACCCGGAGCUGCAGUCGGCGCCGUCCAAUAGCGAGGCAGAGCAGGGGAGCAGCGGCGAGGAGAGCCCGUCCCAGGGGGCUGGCGGGGACGCAGACAGCCAGCAGCCAAUGAAGAGCCCCCGUUCGGAAGAGGAUGGCCCGCCCACCGACGGCACCCCUCCAAUCGAGAGCCAGGCCAAGAGGAAGCGGCGACCCAGGAAGAGGAAGAAGCCGUUGUUCACGAUCCAGGCCGUCAACGCCAACGCGACCACGGAGAGGGGGCUGGGGGAGGAAGGGAGCGGCUUUUCCUUCAACUCUCAACCUUACGUUGCUAUUGACUGGGAUCCAGAGAUGAAGAAGAAAUACUACAACGAGGCUGAAGCAGAGAAGUUCAUCAAGCACAAGAGCAUGGAGUUUGCUCUGAAGCAGAUGACGGUGAAGCUGCAGCAAUGCAUCGAGCUCUUCACCACCGUCGAGACACUGGAGGAGGAGAAUCCCUGGUACUGCCCGACCUGUAAAAAACACCAGCUGGCCACGAAGAAGCUGGAUCUGUGGUCUCUGCCAGAGGUGCUGAUCAUCCACUUGAAGAGAUUCUCCUACACAAAGUACUCCCGCGAGAAACUGGAUACCAUCGUGGAGUUCCCCAUCAGGGAUCUGGACUUUUCGGGGUACCUCCUUCCGAAGAGGGGGAAGGAAGGGGAGCCCCCCAGCCGCUAUGACCUCAUCGCUGUGUCCAACCAUUAUGGGGGGCUUCGGGACGGACACUAUACCAGUUUUGCCAGGAACAAGGACAACGGUCAAUGGUAUUACUUCGAUGACAGCAAGGUCAGCUAUGCAACUGAGGAUCAGAUCAUGACCAGCGCUGCCUAUGUUCUGUUCUACCAGCGCCAGGACAAAAUUCGCCAGCCCGCCCUCCCCAAACCCCCCACCAGCGCCGCGAACCCUGGAGAACCUGCCGACGAGGUCACUUCCUGUGCUAAGGAAGAGUCAGACAGGGGCGCUUCCAGUCCCAGCAUGGAGACGGACUGACCUGCGGCUGACCCCAGGUCUCCUUCUCAGGACUUGAAUCUACUACGGUCCUCUCCCCCCUUAAGGGGAAGAGGCUCAUUCUCAGGAUGGCGGCGAGCAGUGGUUUGGAGAGGAGAGAGACGGGUUGUGAAACGGGAGCCAUCUUGGCUCUGAAUCACGAGUUAAGUGUGGAGAUGCUGGAGCCAAAAUGGCUGGGGGGGGA